UGACUCGAACUCUAAGCCGCAAGUGAGCAUAGGAUCCGAUACAUAAAUUGUAAUCUGAAUUGUCUGAUUUGAUCAAGGCAUUGUUAGCACAAUGGCGGCGAGAUAUGACAGAGCUAUUACAGUCUUUUCCCCUGAUGGUCACCUGUUCCAAGUGGAAUAUGCCCAAGAAGCUGUGAAGAAAGGCUCAACUGCUGUUGGUAUUCGAGGGAAGGACAUUGUCGUCCUUGGCGUGGAGAAGAAAUCGGUCGCAAAGCUGCAGGAGGAAAGAACCGUGCGCAAGAUCUGUGCGCUGGACGAACACGUCUGCAUGGCCUUCGCAGGCCUGACGGCUGAUGCUCGUAUCGUGAUCAACAGGGCCAGGGUGGAAUGCCAGAGCCACAGGCUGACGGUGGAAGAUCCCGUUACCGUGGAGUACAUCACACGCUACAUCGCAACCCUUAAGCAGCGCUACACCCAGAGCAAUGGUCGCAGACCAUUUGGUAUCUCUGCUUUGAUUGUGGGCUUUGACUAUGAUGGGACUCCAAGACUGUACCAGACCGAUCCCUCUGGAACCUACCAUGCAUGGAAGGCGAAUGCGAUCGGUCGCAGCGCAAAGACGGUGAGGGAAUUCCUGGAAAAGCAUUACACAGAGGAGGCCAUUGCAGAGGACGAUGACACCAUCAAGCUGGCCAUCAAAGCAUUGCUUGAAGUUGUGCAGUCUGGUGGGAAAAACAUUGAACUUGCCGUCAUCAGAAGAAAUCAACCACUGAAGCUGUUGGAAUCAAAGGAAAUUGAGAACCUGGUGUCUGAGAUUGAGAAAGAAAAAGAGGAGGAGGUGGAGAAGAAGAAACAGAAGAAGGCCACAUAACUGUUUGGCGCUUGCAGGAGAGAAGCCGGUUGUUACGAAUGGUUUACUAAACUCAUACUGCAUUACAUGCCUUCGGAUGUGUUACAAAAAGGUCAAAAACCUCUGGAACCUCCGUGUCACGUUGCACAUGUUCUCUUCCGUUAAAUUCCCAUGUGACUUGAAAUGCUGAAUGUUGAACACUACAAA